AUGGGAAAUGCCAACGGAAAAGAAGAAGACGCCGUCGCUAACGUCGGUGCAGAUGUCACCUCAUCUUCGGCGAGAUCCAACGGCGGCGAUCCUUCCGGUCGCAAUCGUAAUCGUCGUCCUUCCUCAGACUCUAUGAGUAGUUCUCCUCCUGGAAGCCCCGCUCGAUCUCCUUCUCCAUUCUUAUUCGCUCCUCAGGUUCCUGUGGCUCCAUUGCAGAGGACAAAUGCGCCUCCUUCGCCUAACAAAAUCCAAUGGAGCCAAUCUCAAAGAGUUUUUGAUAACCCCGGAGAGCAAGGAAUCCCUAUCAUCAUUACAUGGAACCAGGGAGGUAAUGAGGUGGCAGUGGAAGGAUCAUGGGACAAUUGGAGAUCAAGGAAGAAGCUGCAGAAAUCUGGAAAAGACCACUCAAUUCUCUUUGUCCUUCCAUCUGGCAUAUACCACUACAAAGUCAUUGUCGAUGGUGAAUCCAAACACAUCCCAGAUUUACCGUUUAUAUCAGACGAAAUGGGCAAUGUCUGUAACAUUCUCGAUGUUCAUAACUUUGUGCCAGAGAACCCAGAAAGCAUAGUGGAAUUUGAGGCGCCACCGUCACCUGAUCAUAGCUACGGUCAAGCCCUCCCAAACGCAGAAGAUUACGCGAAAGAGCCAUUCGUGGUUCCACCUCAGCUUCAUCUAACACUGCUUGGCAAAACUGAAGAAACAGCCAUAGCCUCAAAACCUCAACAUGUGGUGCUUAACCAUGUGUUCAUAGAGCAAGGAUGGACUCCUCAAUCCAUUGUAGCUUUGGGUUUAACCCACAGGUUCGAGUCUAAGUACAUAACCGUUGUCCUCUACAAACCGCUCACACGGUAA